AUGGAACAAUUAUUUUCAACAUGGUUUAAUGAAUCUGAUCAUCAUUAUGAUGACGAUGGAAGUGAACUUAUUGAUUAUGUUGUUGAAAAAUAUGAUGCCUCAAGAAGUGUUUGGCAACGUAAUGUAUAUAAUGAUCCAUGUAAAUUUACAUAUACAAAUACUGGAUUUGCUGAAGGUGUUGCACAUCAUUUUCAUAUUGGAUAUGUCAAUGUUGAUAUAUGUCAAUUUACAAUAAAAGAUUUACUUGAAGAAGAUUCUUAUUUAAUAGAAACAUACUCUAAAAAUUUUGAAGGCUAA